AAGGAAAAACUCGCCGAAAAGAAAGGUGAAAUUGAAAUUGGUGUGAUUUAGGGUUUUUGGUCCCCCCUAUAUAUCGUCCAUCGCUGUGUUCGUUUCUCACUUCCGCUUCUCAGAGCUACAGGGAAAGCUAAUCCCUUCGCGUUUUCUUUGUUUGCUCUUUCAAUCUUUGCUGGGCAAAAUGGUCGGUCCUGGUCUUUACACUGACAUCGGCAAAAAAGCCAGAGAUCUUCUGUACAAGGAUUACCAGAGCGACCAUAAGUUCACCGUCACUACCUACUCUCCCACCGGAGUGGCUAUCACAUCCUCAGGAACAAAGAAAGGUGAGCUGUUUCUGGCUGAUGUUAACACCCAGUUGAAGAACAAGAAUGUCACAACUGAUAUCAAAGUUGACACAGACUCGAAUCUUUCCACCACUGUUACGGUUGAUCAACCUGCUCCUGGAUUGAAGGCAAUCUUUAGCUUCAAAGUUCCCGACCAGAGGUCUGGAAAGGUGGAACUCCAGUAUUUGCAUGACUAUGCAGGGAUAAGCACCAGCAUUGGGUUGACAGCAAACCCUAUUGUUAACUUUUCUGGUGUCAUAGGAACUAAUCAACUUGCACUUGGUACUGAUCUGUCAUUUGACACCAAGACAGGGAACUUGACUAAAUGCAAUGCUGGAGUGAGCUUCUCCAAUGCAGACCUAAUCGCUGCACUGACCCUGAAUGAUAAAGGUGACAUCCUCAGUGCAUCCUACUAUCACAAUGUCAAUCCCCUUGCUAACACAGCUGUUGGUGCUGAGGUGACCCAUAGAUUUCCUACCAAUGAGAAUACCAUCACUCUUGGCACCCAGCAUGCCCUGGAUCCAUUGACGACUUUAAAGGCACGAGUGAACAAUUUUGGCAAGGCAAGUGCCCUUAUCCAGCAUGAGUGGCGUCCAAAAUCAUUUGUCACUAUUUCAGGAGAGGUAGACACCAAAGCCAUUGAGAAGACCGCCAAGAUCGGGUUGGCUCUUGCCCUCAAGCCAUGAGUGAGCUUACUGCCCACUGUUGCAGGGAGCAGGGGUAGAGGGAUAGUAUAGUUUUCUUUCCAGCCCGACUUUAUUUUGGUUCCAAAUGUUGGUUUUUCUUGAAACAAGUCCAUAUGUUAGGGGAAUCAUUCCAUUUUGGCGGUUUUGGUUUGUAAAAAUAAAAAUUUGAUGGUAUCAGACGUAUUUUGUUACGUUUCUUAAUUGCUGGUAACAGACAGAGGAUGAUGAAGCCUGUUAGUGGAGAGGUAGACUUUUAACUUUGUUCCCCAUUUUGGUGGGUGUUUCGUUAAUCUUUUUAUUUUCCUCCCAUAAUUGAUCUUUGCAGCUUUGUUUUGCA